GGAGGACUCGCGGUGUACUGUCAGAGUCCACAGUCCUAAGUUGGCCUCAGGCUGCGAUAGAACGUGUAUCUCUCUCUCUUUCGGUGGCUUCGAUCUGAUCGAAGAACGCGGCUCCAACCAGUCUCGCGCGAACCUUCGCGAUCGGUCCUACGAAGCGAUCCUUCUUGCCCUUCAAACUUUAUUUCCGUCAUUUCUUCUCCUCCUUUUUCUUCCUCUUUUUUUUUCACUUCUGUUCCUUCUUCUCCUUCUUCUUUCUCCUUCUCCUCCUUAUCCUACUCCUCCUCAUUCUACUUUUUCUAUUGUGUUCAUUUAUUUUGCUGUGGAAGAAAACUCAGGAUAAAGUGAACUUGAGCCAAUAAGGAUCUAUUCUCAUCGAAUCUCGUUCUCCCGGAGCGAAACGAAGACGAAGUCUGCGGUAUAUCUGGCUUCUCCGUUCUUAUGACCGACGACGGACUGUCUCGUUUAAUCGUUCUAAGGAAAUCUAUACCUGGAUCGUAGUCUAACUAAAUGCUUUCGAUGCGAUGCUGUUGAUGUGACGUCUGAGUAAAUAAGUCAUAGAUCAGACAAAAAAAUGAAGACAGUAGGGAGCUUCAUCUCGUUCCUCCUCGUUAUUCUGCAUAAUUCGAGCUUGACGAAUUGUCUGUGCAACUUGGAGAGCGAAACGGAGGCGCAAUGUCACAAAUUAGAGGACGUCAAAUACAUCGAUGUCUUUCAAUUGGAAACGUUGAAAGUCACAAAGAUCGACGACGCGUUGGAUCCGGAGAUUUUAAAGAACUUGACCAAUUUGAAACAUUUGGAUUUGUCUGACGGCGGUUUGAAAAGAAUAGAACCUGGUACUUUUCGAACGUUGGUCAGCUUGAAGAGUCUCGACCUAUCGAACAACAGAUUGGAAUACUUGAACUUGUCAUCGUUAGAGGGACUACACGAGUUACGUAGUUUGAAUCUUCGAAGGAAUAAUAUCGCUCAGUUGCCAGUCGUAUUGUUACGUUUGAAGAAUCUGAAGCAUUUGGAUGUACAUGGCAAUCCGCUUCAAUGUAAUUGCGCAACGUUACUCGUAAGAGACUUGUUGGUAACGAGAGGUGUCAAGUUGUCGAAGAAGGUUACUUGUGUUAGCCCGAAUAGCUGGAAAGGUUCGUCUCUUUUGAAGUUGGAGACAAAGAAGAUUUGUAGAGAGGAGCAGGAUGAUAAAGAGAUGUUAGGUGAUCAGCCGUACCAGGGAUCAGGGGAUGUAGGUUCUGGCGAUGUUUUUGACGAGAUAGAUGCCGAUGAUGAGUUUCAAGAUAUUUCGGAAAGUUCGGAGAAAAUACCGGUUCAAGAGAUCGAGACUCCAGCUCCGGAGAUAAAGCAGUUAUCCAGCAUGGAACCAUCCACGACUGCAUCGAUGGUAACGACAACGGAAAUUAUUUCCAGUAUUAACGGAACUUCACAUCCAACAGUAACAACCGAAUCGUCUCUUGAAAAAUUUAUGAAGGAAUCCGAAGAGUUGUUUUUUGAUUCCGAGGAACAGAAACAAAAGUUUACUACUGAAAUGUCACAGAAAAAGCCAGUGAAGGAUAGUUUGUUUUAUCCCGUUGAAGGAUCGGGAGACGAAGGAUCUGGUGUAGAGGGUUCUGGUUUUGAUAUACCGUCUCACGACGAUGAAGAAGCCGAUGAAAAAUCAGAAUCUGUCGAGGUCUAUACGUCGACCACUUCUAGCGAAAGUCUUCUCGAUAUGAUCUUUGGUGUAUUUACUGGCUCGACUUCUACCGAAAACAAAAAAGAACCUAGUCUCGAAGAAGAAGAAUUUAUAGAUGCUUCGCCAACGAAAAUUGUCCAUGAAGCUGGAGAAGUGUCCGUUACAAAGUCGGUAACGAAAGUAACAACUGCGAGCGUUCCAGUUGCCUCUUCAACAAUUGGUCCAGAAUUAGUAGUAGUUAACGAGGCCGACGACAUGUCGAAAUUGGGUACGAUACGUUUAGACGAACCAACCGAAGUCGCUAGUAUAAACAAUGAAUUAGCGGAGGUGUCACCAGCGAGACAAUCUAAAAAAGGAAUGGGUUCUUACGUUGUCUUGGCUGCCUUGUUGGUCAUUCUUGCGGCUUUGAUCGGAUUCGCAGCUUACAAGGGCGACUUUUGUAGGAAGAAAAGAAAACGGAGUGACGUUGAGAAUGGUACCGAAAUGAAGGAUAUGCAGAAGUCUCUUUUAGAUACGGCCAAUCAAACGCAACCAAAAAUAGCAUCGAAUGGUAGUCCGGAAAAUAUGCCAUUGGUGGAUAGUACAAUCGAACACGAAGACACAAAAGAGUCUACGGGAUCUCAGGAGAGAACCAGAAGUCAAAAUGGUCAUCAGGAUCACUUAGACCAUACGGAUCCCGUGAAACCUCCAAGAAAGGUAAUGGGUACACAGGAAGAGACGAAGCCCGUUCAAGAGGCUCUGCAGGACUCGAUAUCCUCGAAAGACGAAUCAUUUUCAGCGAGGACGACUCCUGUGGAAUCAGCAAGAACGACCAGUCCGCGUCUUUCAGAAACAAACGGUCCACCCUUGAGUCCUGGAGCUCAAAGAGUAAAGAUUAUUCUUCAAGAGAAUCCAGAUAGCGUUCCAAAAACGCCUAUACUCAUAACGCGAACGUCCGUAGGUGAUAAUCUAGUCAAGACACCGUGAAACGAGCUUCUAGGUCGAAUCGUGUCACUUAAGGAAGGACCAGACUAAUGACGUAACGAAAUGCAAACGAAAGAAUACCGAGAAACGUCAAGUGACUCAAGGAAGUGUAUAUGGAUAAUGCGAUUGGUUGGUUCCUAGGCCCUACGUGUCAGGGCCACUUUUGAAAUACGACGAGAUAUCGACAAUUUUGAUGUAUUAUAAGACGUAUUCCGCAAAAAUAUUACUCGAAUAUUUGAUUUAGCGGGACUAUCUUCAUUUUUACGACGUGACGAGAACACGAAGAGUGAGCACGAGCUAACAGGACUUGUAUAUAUCUUUUAUCUUUUUUUUUUUGUUUGUUUUCUUCUUCGAUGAUAUGAAUAAUUAUAAAAAAAAAAGAAAAAAAAACGAAAAGAAAAAAACGAAAAACCACACGUAUCUAUCGUAUAUACGAGAUUUGUGAAGACGUUCGUUGUACUAGUACACUAGUCAGUCAGUCUCACUCACAGAUCUUAGAUCCUACCGAAGUAUCCUACGAAGUCCUUUUCGAGAAGAAGUGCGAGAAGAUUUAGAACUAGGGAUGACACGAGCGAAAUCGUUGUUUUAGCUCUGUCUUACGUAUUUUUUCUCAAGAGGGUACAUUCCAAGCCUGCCAUAAUAAUUUUUUUUUCUUCUUCUUUUUCUUCUUUUUUGUUUCAUUUUUUACACCGUACGCUUCGAAUAAAAUUCGUAAUUCUUGAUAUUGAACGAUCAAACGAAUGGGAAAUCGUUUGAUAUUUGAUAUAAAUACGUGAUGCUCUAGAGAUUAGAAGUUACAUAAGUGUUAGUAAUUUUCUUGUGUUUCUUAUCAGUGCGGAUGGACAAAACUGUAUAAUUGCUAGUCGAUUGAUGCGUAAUCACCUGUCAAAGUUUAAUUGUCAAAAGACACAAUCUCCCGAUUCUGUUUUUCUUCUUUUUCUUUUUCUUCUUCCUCUUUUCCUUUUACUUACCGUUUUGUUCUUCUUUAUUUUUUCCUUUUUCUUUUUCUUAAGUGUGUUGAGAUUAAUUUAACGAGUAUACUAAGGCCUAUUAUCGAUUAUAAACGUGAACACGUACGGAGAGCGUGUCUGUAAUCAAUUGCCAGAGUAAUUACCAUGAUGUCCAUCGAUUUCGCCAAGUUGUGUAUCUAUCUAGACCGACAACUAUAAGAUUUAUGUAUAUGAUAAUCUAUUUAAUAUCUACGUAUAUCCAUCAAUUCAGCUCAGUCACUCGAGAUUCAGAUGAAAUCUGAUAUUCGAUAAACGAUUAAUUUGUUACAUUUAAAGUAUACGAUGUGUUAGAUAAACGUAUGUAUUAUCUGGCAGCGUUAUAUUUAUCGUAACCGACAUCAUUAUAACACGCUUCUAUUGUUUAUACCAUUUAUAAUUAUAUAUAUAUAUAUAUGAAGUGAGAGAGAAAAGAAGAGAGAGAGAGAGAGAGAGAGAGAGAGAGAGAGAGAGAGAGAGAGAGAGAGAGAGAGAGAGCGACAGAGAAAAUAUUACGUAUAAAUUUAUUUGCUAAUGGACAAUACGCGCUUUGCCCUUUCUGUCGACUAUUACAAUUAUUUAUUCGUCGAUAUUACAAGAUAAUUUAAUGGGAAAGAUAUACGAUAGAGUCUAUAAGGUACAAGCUUUAUGCGAAUUUUAAUAAUUAGUUUAAUUCAAUUAAAUAUUAAGAAUUGCGAACGUUCGUUAGAUUUAAUUACCUAUACAUUAAGUUUGUAAGUUUUUGUCAUUAAUAUUUCGUAAUAUCAAUCAAAGAUCGUUUACGUAUGUGAGCCAAAUAAGCUGAUUAUAUAUUAUUACUAUCAUUAUUAUUAUUAUUAUUAUCAUUAUUAUUAUUAUUAUUCUUCUUAUAAU